AUGGCGCCACCUGAUGAGACUUCUGUCAAGGAGGUACCAGCUCUCGCCAAGAAUGCAGAGGUAGAGAAAGCAGACGAGCACAAACAUGCAGAAGAGGAAGAUGUCUUGACACUUCGAUCACCAAAUCUCGAUGUCAUUGGUGUCAAAAAUGUCAAUCAAGAGGUUAAUCAGGGUGUCAAUCAAGAACUCAAUCAAGAGGUCAAUCGAAAGGUCAAUCAAGAAGUCAAUCAAAAGGUCAAUCGAAAGGUCAAAAAGCGCCUUCCAUACACAAAAUGGUCAGAAAAGGAACAAGAGAUUGUUCGAGACAUCAUUGACAACCAUAAAAGCAACCCAGAGACAUCUAGAAUGACUCUUGGGGAGCUGGAUAUAUAUUCAGUCAAGAAGCUAGCAGAGGCAGGAUUCAUCAGAACAGGAUCGGCAGUAUGUGAUCUUGUUGCUAAUAUGCCCGAGUCAAUUCGUGCCAUGGAAGCAAGAGAAGAUUCUAAGAAAUCUGCCACCGUCGCAAGCGAGCCGUUUCGUAGACGAAGUACAGUCCCUUUCCAGAGCGCAACUUCAUUGCAGGAGUAUGAUACUUUGAGCAAAAUGAAGAAUAGCCAAUUCGCUCUGAAUGGCAAGCGGAACUACGAAUCGUACAACGGCGAUCCGGCAGUAGAUAGUACCAAUGCUACUAAUGCUGCUGCUGCUCGGAACCGCAAGCACAGGCAUGUUCCAUGGCGACCAACGGCGCAUUUAACCCACAGGGCUUCCAAACGACUUCUGGAUCCAAAUCCUAUGAAGUUGGCAAGAGACAAAGAAACUCCUGUUGCGAUCCGAAACGAUUCACCAUUAGGUCAACCACAGUCAGAGAGUGAUCGAGUGAACAAGCCAGACUUGAAAAAGCCAGAAUUGAAAAAGCCAGAGCUGAAUUAG